UGUCUUUCACAGAUUCAUAUUGAAAUAAAUUAAUUAGGUUCAUUUGUUAGGAAAGAUAUGGAAGACAUAUCCAUUGGAUCUGAUCCUCGUUUAUAUUUUCAAGUGGGAAAGAUAAAAAUCAGUGAGGGAAUGAAGUGUUUGCAAGAUUUAGUUCAUUGGUAUAAGGACAACUUGAGCCCUGAAAAUAGUGGAAUCUUUCAUGAAGUCCUGACCUAUCUUCAAUCUUUUCAACGACAAAUACAAGUAACUCUUAUAGAACUAAUGUUAUAUGGUCCUUCAUUGUUAAUAACUGGAACUUUUUAUCUGAAAUGACAUAGCUUUUUUCAUUAAAUAUGUGAAAAAAAUUGAAUUUGGAGCACAACAGGGAAGAACAUCUGGAUCUUUCAAUCUACGACUUGGACAGGUUCCUUAUCGCUACUCUUCAUUUAUGUUCUCUCUUAAUUAUACAUAUAAUAAUAAUGUUUUAGUGAAAAUGUUUUUAAAUAAUUAUAUAAUUUAGUAUUAUAUUUAUUGCCUCAAUUUAACAAAAAUAAAAAUUGACUUGGUCAGGUUAAAUAAAAUAAAUAAAUAAUAUUUAGCAAUUUACAUUUUAUUGUUUAUUAGGUGUAGAUUUGUUUGUAUUGUAACAGGAAAUCAGUCAAGUAAGAGAACAAAAUAUCAACUUUGAGCCGACUCUAAAUCAAGAGAUUGAUAUAGUGAUAAAUAAAAAAGAGAAUAAAUCAUCAUGUUCUAAACGAAAAACGUGAUCAGAUGUUUGGGGCCACUUCACAAAGUAUGAAAACAAAGAUAAGAAGAUCAAAGUUCUAUGUCAACAUUGUAAGAAAGAUUUUGAUGGAUCAAGCAAAAGUGGAACAACACAUCUCAGAAAUCAUAUAAGAAGUUGUUUGAAAAAUCCAAAUAGAGUAGCUAAUAAAGCAAAAGAAAUAAUUGUGGUUGAUCAAGAACUGAAUAAUUUUAAUUUAGUGUAAAAGAUGAUUAAGGAUGGGUUGAACGGUAUAAAAGAUGAUAUACUUGAGGUUUAUAAACAAUAGAAAAAUAAGUUGUAUAGAUAUUUAGAAAUACUUCCACGUUAUUUUAAUAUAUCAAUUGGAAAGUUGGUGUUUGAUGUUCUUACGUGGUAUGUGAUGAUUUGGUUCAUCAAUGAUAAUUGGAAAUUGAAAAACUGGAUUAUUCAUUUGGAAGAUAAUGAUUUUACUAUUGGCAAAUUGCUCCAAGAUUGGAAAAUAGACAAAAAAACUUUUGUCUAUAGUUAAUCUGUUUGAUUGUCUGUCAAAUGAUAUGAAGCUACAGCUUACCAAUUCACUUAAUGAAAGAGUUUCACACCGUUUCAUGGAGACCUUUGAUACAAAUUUUUUCUCAAGUGAAAUUUUUUUUGAAGUAGUAAGUGUGUUGUGGGAAAAUGAUAUUAUGAUCAAGGUGGGGAAACUUAGAGACUACUACAUGAUAUCAUCAAACAAAUGUCAGUUUGAAUUAGCAGUAAAUAAAGUUAAGUCCAUGGGUAAAAUGGUAACUUUGUUGCACUAUGAUUCCGGAUAUGUUCUUGAGAAAUUUGAACUGCUUAGUUGGGCAAUGAGAUAUGAAGAAGUAUUUUGUGAACUGGAGCAUAUAGAUCCUGAUUUCAAAUCUAUCAAUUUUGAUUGGGAGGAUGCAGCUUUCCUGCACAACAUUUGCAGAGUGUUAAUGGAUCUGGCAAAUGAUUUUUUGGAAUGGAAAUGUCCUGAAUCUAAGUUGGCAAAUGAGUGUUUCCUUAUGGUUUAUCGAUCAUUUUUAAAAAUGCAACAAUUAAAGAAUAGUGAAUAUAAGUACUUUUGCCUUGUUGCAUUAGUUUGGAGAGAAAUUUUUGAUCAAUAUAGCAACAACUUAAAGUUGGCAUUAGUAAUCACAGUGAUUCUGGAUCCAAGAUUUAAACAGGAUAUUGUACAACAUUUCUACAAAGAAAUCUAUGAUGAUGAGGCAGACUUGCACUUCAAUCAAAUCUUGAGUGAUGUUAGAAAUAUUUACAAUGAAUACGCAAAGGAUUUCAACAGUUCUUCCGUGGUGAGAUCAUACGCAUUUCCACAGCAUGCAAAUGAGGUUGUUUCUUCAAAAUUAGAAUUCGACCAAUAUUUGACAGAUUCCAAAGUUUCUCCAUGUGAAGAGUUUGAUAUACUGGAAUGGUGGAGUUUUAAUUCUCUGACUUAUCCAACACUAGCUACAAUGGCUCAUGAUUUCUUAUGCAUUCCUUUUGUUUAUCCUGAAGAUAUUAUUGAUCGUUUGGAGGAUGAAGUUCCGAAUAUUUUUAGCUUUUGUUGUUUGGAUGCCGACUUAAAAUAUGCUUUGGGAUGUACAAAAGCGUGGUUGAAUGAGUUUGAAAGUCUGUAACGAAGUUGUUUAA